AUGACAGAAUUAAGCACUGUGUCUUCACCCAUUGCUUCAGUCGCUACUUCAUCCAAGGAAAUUCAGGCUGAAGUGGAUGCUGCAUACAUUUUUGAAGAAAACUUUAUGAUCAUCUGCUUUCCAUUAGGGAUCUUGGGAAUAAUCGGGAACGGAAUCAUCGCCUAUCUUUUCUUCUACAUGAUCGAGAACUCUAGGUUUACUGUGUAUUUCCAGACUAUUAAUAUUGCUAAUAUGACUGUACUCAUUAACCAUUUUAUAUAUUUUUUUAGGUAUUUUUUUGAGUGGGAUAUCAGUGCUUUUGCUUUACAUAUAAUAGAAAUGCUGGAAGUAUUAGGAUACAACACCAGAUUCUAUAUCUUAACAGCUAUCUGUGUUGAAAGGUAUGUCAUGAUCUUUUACCCGGUUUGUGAUAAACGCUACCGACCACAGUAUUUCUCAGUCAUGGUAACUGGCGCUUUGGGGGCCUUGUCCUGUGCAAUUACACUGGCAAAUGAUCUCACCUGCCUUACACAUUUCUAUGCCACCUUCGAUGAAUUUGUGGUCAUAUGUUCAAUGACAAGUAUAUUGAGGCUCAUUAUUGAGAUCCUGAUUCUUCUCACCAGCAUGGUCUUAUCCACUGUGGCCAUUUUGAUCAGCAUGAAGAGACAGCAAACCUCUCCAGCACGGCUUGAUAUCACCAUUGUGGCUACAGUUCUUCUGUUCCUUCUCACUGACACGCCCAUAAGAGUGACUGAUGUCAUCCUAUUUUGGAUUGAGGGUGCGAAUUCAUUUGCUUUCACUGUAGCAGUUCAUAUGUUCGAUACGAUCAACUGCAUGGUUAUACCUCUUAUAUUUCUAACAGUUGGGUGUUGGAAGAGGGCCUCGGAGCCCAUCAGUAAGUUUCUUGAGAGAGCUGUGCAGUUUGAAGAAACCAUGGAAGAGAGAACGGAAGCAGACAAAGAGCAGGCCUGA